UUUGGACUGUUUUUUUCCCUUGUAAAUGGCACCAAAAUAUGGUGACUGUGCAUUUGUGAGUUCUGUAAAACAAUUUCACUGUACUGUGCAUACGGGACUAUAAAGAACCUUUGAACCCAUUGAGAAAAACAGUUGACAACUGUAAAACAAGCAAUUUUUAAGAUGUAACGAAGGACAUGAUCUACUUUUACUUUUACGUUUUAUUUUAUUGUUCUUUGAAGUUUAUUCGUGUAAUCUAUUUUUUGCUCUGUUAAUUGAUUUCUCUGUCCUGAUGGAAUGAGACAUUAUUCAUGGAACAUUUUUGUUUACGAAGGAACUGCAGAUAUUGGAAAAAUCGAAGAUACUGGAGAAACUCAGCGGGUGAGGCAGCAUCUAUGGAGCAAAGGAAUAGGUGACGUUUUGGGUCUUCAGACUUCUUAUUCAUGGAACAGGUCAUUUUCACUGCCACAACAGUGAUUGGCAGUCAUUAAUACUUACCACGUCAAGAGUACGUACACUGGGAUUGAUUCGACUUAACUUUUUGUGACGCGUUUAGUUUGUAUCUGCCCAGCAAAUACAACAGCUUUACAUCUCUCAAUCCACUUCAACAGUAAGGGAAGCAGUGAGAUUUUGUUCUCACAAUACAGAUGUAACCUUGUCUGGCAACCUUUUGGAUAUCUUGCAUCUGUGCCUUACCAGAGACUGCUGUAUCGUUGGCAAGUGAAUACGAGUGCCAUUAAUGUCCCUAGCAUUUUGACAGCAUAUUCCUGGCCUAUCUGACAAACCCUUAUAUCAAACUGUAAUUUCCUGUCAAGUUUUUUUUAAGGCAAUUCUCAGCCGUCUUAAGUUUUUACUGUUGUCUUCUUGCCUCUCUCCCAAUGCACUUUCACCAUAUGAUCCUAUUAGAAAGAAGUUAUUUGCAAUUGGAUUAUUUUCACAACACCAAACUAAAAUGACAUCGUGAUUUCAACAAGGUUUACCUAAGAAGCUGGAGAAAGGGUCCCUAUUGUUGUUGUUUUACUCUGCAACCCAAAGCAACAAAAGGUGACAUCUCCAUUGAGCCCCAUCUUAUCUUCAUAUCAGCUUUCUCUUCAGUGGUGACAUCACCAGAUUAGAAAGGGAACACUUCUGACAUCAAAAUCCUAUUAUGCUCUCCCCCUAUAAAAGCUGGUUUCCACCCCAGUGGAUCAAGAACUGCAUAGUUAGCACAGAAUUCUUACGAGAGCUAGUUAGAGCUCCCGCCUUCCAUUGUCGAAUGUUUCCCUUUGCCUCCACAUAGUGAUAUAGUACCCCUAGUGAAGCGUGGCAGAAAAAGAACGUUAAAAAUGGCAGCCAACCCUUUGGAAAUUCAACCAAACCUAAAAGCACAAGAGAUGGCUCUCACUCUAGAACCACCGAAACACACGGCAGAAAUGAAAUCACCCACACGAGUAAUUGGAGGACCAGCAACUGCCAGAAAAGGACCGCCAAAGUUCAAACAAAGGCAAACAAGACAGUUUAAGAGCAAGCCGCCAAAGAAAGGAAUACAAGGGUUUGGUGAUGACAUUCCUGGAAUGGAAGGUUUAGGCACAGACAUCACUGUCAUUUGCCCCUGGGAGGCCUUCAGUCAUCUGGAACUACACGAACUGGCACAAUAUGGUAUCAUCUGAAAACGCAACUGCCCCAUGUGCACUGCUACUCUGAUCACCGGUGGAGCCCCAGAAAGCUCUCAGCCCUUCCUUCCCUCUUCAAUUCACCAGUGGCUUCAGAAUCAAAAGUGAGGCCGAGCCUCAAGAUUGCGGAUUGGACUGUAAAUAAAAACCAUAAUAGUACAAUAAAGUUCAUUUAAAUUCACAUUACGUUUCACUGCUUUAACAUGCAAAAUAAAAAGCAACUUUCUUGAAUGUACACGUCAAUGUUAUUGGCUCCCAUCUACAACAAUGUUGAGACUGACCUUCUGUGAUACAGUCCAAAUGUGGGUGCAGUGAGCUCUUUACAUCUAUGGGCAUAUUGGAUGUGUACUAUUAUGGGUUUUUUUCCAAAAUGCAUUUCCAUCAAAAACAUUAUAUGAACUCAUUCUGAUCAUUGUUGAUUCUUUAAGCAUUGAACAUUGUAGGAGGACUGUGUUGUCUGUGAUACUGCGAAUGUGCAAGUUUGAAUAAAAAAAGAUCAAUUUUUCCUUAAUUACGCAUCCUUCUGAAUAAGCGACUCAACCCUGGUAGUGCAACUCUACUGUGAAUCUCCAGCAAGCUAAUGUUUCUCUGAUGUUUUGACCUAACUAGUUUGAAGAUGGUCAAGUUUUUUGUCUUUAUCUCCUAUCCGAAAGUUAACUGCUCAGGGAUGCUUAGAAAUUGUACGUGGCUAAGAGUUGCUUGAAGAAGAGUGUGUUGGUGAUCUGCGUGUUGUGAGGGUGAAUGGUUUUCAUAUUAUCUGGUUAUCUUUAUCACUGCAACCCAAAUACUUUUACGGUCGUAUGUUCGGUUCAUUCAUUUGAAUUUUUUGUUCAUCUCUAUUCAUUUGUAAUUAAGCUUUUCAUUGAUUGGAUUUCCUAAUUUCUCUUUAUUUUUUCACCUGUAUAUAGUACAUUAUAUCAUCAGUAUGUUUGCAUUGUUUUUGCCCUGUCGUAUCAUCCCAAGACCGAACAUGGAACAUAUUCCCAUCCAUUGGUCUUCACCCAUCAUACUUUUUGUAUCCAACACUAGUUUACGAUUGCCUCGUAGAUUCCAUCCCUUACAGCAGUCGUCAUAACUAGCUAUUCUUUCCACAACCUCUUUCGUCCACCACCAAUAGUAUGGUUUUUUUCCGUUUUCCCAGGUUUUUCUGUAACAUCUCAUCUUACGUCUUUCUAUCUGCUUGACCAGUCUUUGCUUGGCUGCACUCCAUUAAAUUAAAACUCCCCUUGGCAAUUACAUUUACUCCACAUCUCAUUUAGAUCACUGUUUUAUUUUUCGUUUUCUGAAUUAUAAUUUCAGGAAUCUACGUAAGUUUAUUCUUCAUUACACACUUAAUGAGCAAACUUUACUUAAUACGUGAUAUAUCUGUGGAAAGUGAAUGCUCCAAUUUGCACUAUAUAUAAGCUUUUAUGCUUGACAUUUCUUUUUCUGUUUAUCUUUUCUGUUAAUAUGCUAAUUUUGAUUUCUAUUAAACUUCUAAUCCAAACUGUCAUUAUAUUUUGCCUGUAAUUUUGGAUUCUUUUUUUCAACUGUCUUGUAGUGCAAUACUUUAUAUCAAACCCGCUAGCUUUCCCUUUGAAAUUUUAUUCUCACUUGUUAGUUUAACACUUGGAAACGACUGAACAUGCACAUACCUAAUUAGGUUUUCCUUUUCUUUAAUCAUUGUAUUUUCUUCCCUAAACCGUUUUGGGAUGUUUUGGUCACAUAUAUAUAAUUUUGGAACAAAUGCCAACAGAAGGAGGCACAUUUAGGGAAAAAUUGCAAAAUUUGUGGGGACAUUAUGAAGGUGCUUGAUGGUUUGUAAUGUCUUUGAACCAAAACGUUGUCUUCUGGAGAUUAGGUUGUUCUCUCCACAACAUAUAUCUAAUAUUCAGAGUCUGAAGAAGGGUUUCGGCCCGAAACGUCACCUAUUUCCUUCGCUCCAUAGAUGCUGCUGCACCCGCUGAGUUUCUCCAGCAUUUUUGUGUACCAUAUAUCUAAUAAAGCUUGACAAAAAAUAAGUAAUCAACUUGCAAUUUGGUUUCCUUUUGGGUUGGUAUUGAGUCAGCAAGAUAAGCUCCAUACUAGCCCCC